AUGUCUACAAGGAGGGCUCUCCACAAGAAUAGCUGGUAUUCCGGCAACAGUGAUGAAUUGGACAAACAGCUUUCGAACUGGCUUAGUAAAGCUACUUACACCCAUGGACCGGCAAGGGCAAUAAUUACGCCGCAUGCUGGUUACUUUUAUUCCGGGGAAUGUGCUUCUUUCGCUUUUAAGCAAAUUAAUCCAGAAUCGACAAAGAGAAUAUUCGUUCUUGGUCCAUCACACAAUCUCUACCUAGAGUCUUGUGCGAUACCUAUUGCGGAUUAUUUUGAAACCCCUUUCUAUAAUCUGCGGAUAGAUGAUGAUGGCAAGCCCCAUGUUUUCACUGGAAAGUUUGUGAAUCUUGCUCUUAAGCAGGACGAAGAUGAGCAUUCUAUCGAGAUGCAGUUCCCAUACAUUGCAAAGAUCAUGGAGGCGCAUGCUAACAACUUUACAGUUAUACCUAUUAUGGUGGGCAGCCUGUCUCUUUCAAUGGAACAAACGUUUGGGGAGAUCCUAUCGCCGUUCCUCUCUGAUCCUUCCAACGUCUUCGUUAUAUCCUCUGAUUUCUGUCACUGGGGUAGCCGCUUUAGUUACACAUAUUACAAUCGGAGCUAUGGUGAAAUCUGGGAGUCAAUCAGAGAUCUAGACCAUAAGGGUAUGGAGUUGAUUGAGAAUUUGGAUGCAUCGGGCUUCAACAAGUACCUGGCUGACUACGGGAACACAAUUUGCGGUCGUCACCCGAUCAGUGUGUUGUUGCAGGCCGUUCGAGCACUUGAUCAGGAAGUCGGAGCCAGGGCAGUUCUCAAGUUUGUACAGUAUGCGCAGUCGAGCAAGUGCCGCUGCAUGCGGGACUCCUCGGUCAGUUAUGCAUCUGCCUCUCUGGUUAUCAAAUAA